CUGGCGAACAGCUGGGGGGCCUUGAGUGUGGCGGUGCGGGGCAAACAAUAAAGCGAGGCGGACAUCAUGAGGGACCCCGUGGUGCUGCUUUUCGGGACGUUGUUGGUGAGACAGGUGCUCGGCGAACACGGCAUGGCCCACUUCAGCGACAAGGACAAGAACAAGGGCAAGGAUUACUGCAUCUUCUUCAACUCGCAGUGGGCGCGUCUACCUCAGGACCUCAACAAAGCCUCGCGCCUACAGAUUCACGACCUGACGGGCUCCGUGCUGUGCUCGUCCUCCGAGGUGCCCGAGGGGGGCUUCACCAACCGCGUGCCGAUGGUGCUACGCGGCAACUGCACUUUCUACGAGAAAGUCAGGCUGGCACAGAUCAAUGGUGCAAAGGGCCUUCUCAUCGUCAGCAAGGAGAAGCUGACUCCACCAGCUGGGAACAAGACUCAGUAUGAAGAAAUCGACAUCCCUGUCGCCCUGCUUAGCUAUUCUGACAUGCUGGACAUCAGCAAGACUUUCGGGAAGGGAGGUCAAGUGGCCAUGUAUGCGCCGAAUGAGCCGGUCCUGGAUUACAACAUGGUGAUCAUCUUCCUCAUGGCUGUGGGGACGGUGGCUGUUGGAAGCUACUGGGCUGGCAGUCGAGACAUCAAUAAGCGCUACAUGAAGCACAAGAGGGACGACGGCGCCGAGAAGCAGGAGGAGGAGACGGUGGACGUGACCCCGAUAAUGAUCUGCGUGUUCGUGGUUAUGUGCUGCUCCAUGCUGGUGCUGCUCUACUACUUCUACGAUCAGCUGGUGUAUGUGAUCAUCGGGAUAUUCUGUCUGGCUGCUUCGAUUGGCCUCUAUAGCUGCCUGUGCCCUUUGGUGCGCCGGAUUCCGUUUGGAAAGUGCAGGAUCCCGGAGAACAGCCUGCCUUAUUGUCACAAGCGACCCCAGGUGCGCAUGCUGCUUCUGUCCGUUUUCUGCGUGAGCGUCAGUGUCGUCUGGGGAGUUUUCCGGAACGAGGACCAGUGGGCUUGGAUGCUACAGGAUGCUCUGGGAAUUGCUUUCUGUCUCUACAUGCUCAAAACAAUCAGAUUGCCCACUUUUAAGGCUUGUACCCUCCUGUUGGUUGUGUUGUUUGUCUAUGAUGUUUUCUUUGUAUUUAUAACUCCACGUUUCACUAAGAGUGGAGAGAGUAUUAUGGUAGAGGUGGCAGCCGGUCCCUCAAAUUCCUCUACUCACGAGAAACUCCCAAUGGUGCUUAAAGUCCCCAGACUGAACUCGUCUCCCUUAGCGCUGUGUGACCGACCCUUCUCCCUGCUCGGCUUCGGGGACAUCUUAGUUCCAGGCCUGCUUGUGGCUUACUGCCACAGGUUUGACAUUGUCAUGCACUCAUCACAGGUCUAUUUUGUGGCCUGCACUAUAGCGUAUGGGAUCGGCCUGCUGAUCACAUUCGUGGCUCUGGCCAUGAUGCAGACAGGCCAGCCUGCCCUCUUAUACCUGGUGCCUUGCACUCUCCUCACCAGCCUGGCAGUGGCACUGUGGCGCAGGGAGUUGCACAUGUUCUGGACAGGAAGUGGAUUUGUGAAAGAUGUACCCCAGCCUCCUGUAGCGCUGGCCCCCAUCAACUGCACUCAGACCCCCGAACAGCCCUCGGAAGAGGCACUGUCCAACCCUGAGCUGCAGCAUGCAGCGGUGUCCAAUCAGACUGAAGACCCACCUCCGCUACAAGAAGCAGCCCCCCCCAAAGAUGCGGGGAGCCCCUCGGAAUAAAAGACAAUGAUAUGGGAUGCCAAUUUCUUUUUUUUUUUUUUUUCUUUUCUUUUCUAUAGAGUAAAGUUGUAUACCGAAGGACGUCUCCCCUUUAGCAGACUACGAAUCGUGAGGACUGUACACUUGGCAUUAAGGAAGCGACGGGGGCACUCGGCUGCUAAUUUCUGGAUCAUCUCUCAAAGUAUAAAGCUAUAAUUUAUGGAUGCUAGGAGGCCUGUUGCAGAGAUACCGUGUGACCUGGGGUUUUCUCCCGUGCGUAACGAGCACACUGCCAUGCUUACAGCUGUGGUUUCCCUUUACUUGCUUCUGUGGCAGUUUUUACCCAUGUACGCGCAGCCAAGCAAUAGCAGGGAAAGCUGUGCAGAAUGUCAUUGGAAGGAGCCUAAGUGAUUAUGGUACUAUACAGUUCCAUAAUUAAAUUUUCUUCCUGUCAUACUGUAUUUUUGCUCUUUUCUCCUCCGUGUCCCUUAUAAUGAACUGCUGAUGUUCAUGUCACACUCUAGUCAGUAUAAGUGGGAGAAAUGGCAAAAAAAAAAAAAAAAAAUUCCAAUAGAAAGAAUGCAGUUUUAUUUAACUGCACUGAAAUCGAUAUCCCAUCUCCAUGGUUUAUUUUCUGCUUCCUUCUGCUGUAACACAUGCAUGCUAAUAUUUUAAGUAUUUCAUAAUGGGGAACUCUAUGAUAUGCAGUAAUAUAAAACAACUAUACUUAUAUUUUAUACUGGUGUUUCAGCGUAUUCUAGUAUUUAAUUCCCUUUUUAUAAUGUACCAGCAGGUGUCUCUUUUGUAUGGACUUCUGUUUAGACAAUAGUGAUAAACCUGAUUUGAAACAAACAUGUAUGUGUGUAAAUAACCACAUAACAGAAACCAAGUACUGUAGUUGUGACUUGCUCCAGGUUGUGGUGUGUGGUGGGGGGGGGUUUAAAUGGCUUGGAAGGUAAACAAUACCUGUUGGCCUUGACAUUGUCAUUUGGUGUUACUGGAACUGAAGAGUAGUUGGGUUGUUUUGUGUUUAUUUUUUAAUUUAGAGCAUUGUUCCAGUCUUGUCUUGCAUUGCAAUUUAAACCACAUGCUGCUUGAACAUUGUACAUUGUGUGUGUAUAUAUAAACACAUUUACUGCUAAUUUAACAAUCUUAUUCCCAAUUAGACUCUACACACAUAUGGAAAAGUAGACUUUUUUUUUUUUUUUUUUUUUCUUCCCCUGAAAGCAUCUUUCUAUGCUUUGACUUUUGAGGUGUCACAGUAUAUCAUUUGACAUUUACGUACUUCUCUUGCAUUUCAUCUCACUUUAUGAGCAGGUCUGACUUGUUACUACACGUGUAGUAUUACAGCCUUGAGGGCUGCUAGUAACUCCUUGUUUGGGGGCUGGAUGGCAGUAUUCUGCACUUGUGUUCUUUCCGUUCAACACGGGAUCAGCAGCCAUUACUGGUCCUUUUUUGUCUGGGUUUGUGUAUUUUAUAACCUGAAGCUUGAACUCAGUUUUAAAGGGGGGUUAAGACAAUUUCCAUUUGCUCUUUGGGUGUUGCAGAAAAUCAUGUGUUUUGAGUGCCCGUGGUCAGUUUACACUGUGUCCAGUGCAAUCUGGUGUAACGUCACUGAAAUAAGCUGUGGGUGGGAGUGGGCCAAGUGCUUUUAUAUACCUCAGUUGAGCAUUAAGUACAAUAAAGAACCUGCAUUUCAUGCCUGGA